AUGGAGUCUGCCAUUAGAUGGUCGCAAACCUCAACUACGGCGGAACAGCGGUUUUUGGCAGUCGACGUUGCAGGUAAAUCCUUUCGUCUUUGCAAAGUCACAAAUUUUGAUGGCAAGGCUGUACGACAUGAAAUCAUCUCCCACCUGAAGGACGUACCCCUUUUUCGCGCGUACGACUGGUCCACCUCCAACGAGAACCUUAUCGCCGUCGGUCAAUCGUCUGGCGAAGCUACAAUUCUACGACUCGACGCUGACGCGAAGACUUCGCUUUCGUUCCCCGUUCGCAACCAGCGGUAUUGUAAUUCGGUCGCAUUCAGUACACAUGGACUGGUGGCUGCCGGACUUGAUCGUGUGCGCAAUGACUUUUGCUUCAAUAUUUGGGAUGUAAACCAGCGGCUCAGUCCCUCUGGUGGGAGUAAAGGGUUUCCUGAGCCCCUGAGGAAACUAGCAAGCUCAGAACCGAUUACAAGUAUCAAAUUUUUCCGUGAUCAACCAGAUACCGUGGUGACGGGAGUCAAGGGUCAAUUCGUUCGGAUUUAUGACCUUAGAGAGGGCCCGGGAAAUCCUUCUCUUCAAUUUCCAACUCGCUGUGUUCACAACCUGGCAAUCAAUUCACUUGAUGAGAACUAUAUCGCAUCCUGUUUGACAUCAAACGAAAGCACUAUUUGCGUCUGGGAUCGACGAGUAGGAGCUCGACUGACAUCCCCAUCAACAGGUUCUUUAACGAACAAUCCAGACUCCAAUCAAGCGGUGGCUGCACUGCAGUUCAACAAUAUAUUUGAUUCUAAAUCCUCUAUUUGGAGUGUACGAUUUUCCAAAACAAACCGAGGCUGUCUUGGAGCACUAUCAAACACUGGCCAUUUCAAGACCUUUGACAUUGCAAAAGAUUACUUGACAGAGGAUUAUCGCUCGCCUAUGGAUGAGAAUCUCGGUCAAGGCUCUUGGAGAAAAUUUCCUGAACCAGUUUAUACAAAACAUGUGCGGGAUGUGUGCACUCCGUUCCACCAUCCCACACGUGGAUGCAGAGAGAAAGAGCGCGUUGUAGCAUUCGAUUUCCUGAAUAUUAGCAUCUCAGCCCAAGCAAGUGCUAUCGCACUUGAUGGCAAUGGGCAACCGCAAAUAAUUACCGCGCGACCACCAUGCCCACCCGUGGCCCUAUCUUCAAAAGGAGCCUUAGCUUGUGGAGUUUCGUCCAAAACCUCGGAUAUUAGAUCUAUUCACCCUCUCUCUGAUCAAAUUUCUCCCAUCUCCGAGCUGGUUGGAAAUAUCAGGAACCGCGUCCUCUCAAACAGCGAAAUUGAGAUGCCCCCAAGAAGUAGAAAGCCUCUUACCAGGAGUUUGAGCUCCGAUCCUGUCCCAAGCUGUGAAGGUAGAGAACGAGCGUUGUCCUUGGGAACGCUUGGGACUCCUUUGACAGCAAAGGAGGCUCUGACUCUCUCCACAGUCUACCGAUUGAGAUGUAAAGAGGGCUACCUAUUUGACGCGGGUCUGAAUCAGAAAAUUGUAGCUGAAGAUACUGCACUGAAAGAUUUUUGGAGCUGGAUUGAACGUGCCUGUUUCGACUCAUCGUAUAUGGAAACUGUAGUCGAUGGAUUUGACAUGAAUUUCCUCGGCGUGAGCAAUGUUUGGAAUAAUGACAAAGGCCAAGGGUUUGAGAAACGACACACAAGCUCCAAGGGUGACGAUACUAAAAAAAUAUCCGAUGGAUUUGUCCAACUUGUCGAACAGCUGAACAUACCGGAAGUAAAAAGCUGUGAGACUUCCUACCCCGAGCAUCGACGCCUCUGUCUUCAUAUUUGCGGCGCAGCACAGUCGUAUGAUGAACUCGAGAUAUUGGUGAAGAAGCUUUCCUCUGAGGCUCAACAUACUAAAGCCGCUGCGCUUGCUGUUUUCCAAGAUGAGCCUAAAUUGGCAUAUCUAGGCCUUCGCAGCAAUGAACCUGCACACGCACAUAAGUUAUUGGCGAUGGCGAUUGCAGGUGCUGCGAAGGGUGAUAACAGUGCCGAUUGGGAAGAAACCUGUGCAGAUAUUUCGAAAGAACUCACAGAUCCAUACGCUCGGGCGAUUCUUGCUCUAGUGAGCAAAGGUGAUUGGAAUGCGGUUAUCAAAGAGACUACGCUGCCGUUGAAAUACCGCGUUGAAGUCGCGUUGCGCUGGCUUCCAGAUGCUGAACUCAGUGUCUAUCUCAAAGAUGCCACUGCAGAGGCGACCUCCAGAGGCGAUAUCGAAGGAGUGGUCCUCACUGGCUUGGGAUACCUGGCCAUGGGUUUGUUUCAGUCUUACAUCGAAAAAUUCAAUGAUGUACAGACCCCGGUGCUUGCCAUGAGCCAUACAGUGCCACGAAUUAUCAGCCAUCCGACUUACAUCUCCCAGUACGAGGCUUGGCGACAAACCUAUCGCCGACUGAUGAAUUCUUGGAAACUCCAACUCGAAAGAGCACGGUUCGAUGUGGGCUCUCGCCGAUUUGCAGUGACCGCUGACGGGCGGAAACUAACCCCAAAUCCACCACAGCAAGUCAGUCUGACCUGCAAUUUCUGCACUCGCCCACUCACCCAGCAUGAUUCAUCGACAGAGGGGUCUCUUUCAGGCGCUGGUGAAACUGUGCAUCAAACGGUGGGCAACCCACUCGGCUCUACGACAAUGUCGGGAACAGUAUGUCCACGUUGCGGUCGCCACAUGCCUCGCUGUGGUGUUUGUACUAUGUGGCUAGGCUCUCCUGACCCGAUGUCGCGCUCUGGAAUUGCAGCCGAUGCAGAGCCUAAUGCUCACAACCCCAGCGAAACUGAGGUUAUGAGGCGUUUUACGGUAUUUUGCAUCAACUGCAACCAUGGAUUUCAUGCGCACCAUGCGCGAGACUGGUUUACGAGGCACAAAGUGUGUCCAGUCGCAGAGUGCAAUUGCAUCUGCGAUCGAUGA